AUGGACGAUGCUGCUUUGGCUGCUGAGCAGCUCGCUCUCUGCAUGAACGACCAACAUAUUAGCUUCGCGUUAUCAUAUGCUAGCGGGGCAAUCUUUCUUUAUGACUUUCUCCUGACUUUCCCUGAUGAGCUGAGCCACAUGUGGAGGUUCAAGCGAGUUCGCGCUGGGAGUAUCUUGUUCUUCAUCGCUCGAUAUGGAGGAUUUACGAGCGCUAUCAUAUGUUUUCUACCGGUGGAUGUAGCGCUUGGUAAUGUCCGCACAUGCAUGAGACUGAUUACCAUCGUCUCCUCGGACGCCGUCUUGGCCGUCCGGACCUGGGCGAUCUGGGAGCGCCGGAAAAGCGUCCUAUUACUUCUCUUAUCCACUGCCCUUGGCGCUAUAGGCGCAGCCGUAUUCAUUCUUGAAAAAGAUGCAAGUACUAGCAAAAUGGCUCCCGCUAUAUCUCCUCUCCUACCAAACUUGUGCAGCUACAUCGAGAGCGAUGUUACGAACUUGUGGAGCAUCCCAUACUUCCUCACUAUCAUGUACGAAACGAUAACGCUUGUACUAACACUCGCUCAAAUACUUCGCUGGCGCCAACGGAUACCAGCCUCCGUGCGUUCUUCUUUGUCGGAUGCCUUAUGGAAAGAUGGUGUCACUUACUUCGCCUUCAUGCUUGUCCUGUCUAUCAUUAAUAUCGGUCUCGUUUUCCAAGUCACGCUCCCUCAACUUCGUUCAGGGGGAUCCCAGUAA